AUGGACACUGACGUUGAUGGAUCUAACAACGUAAGGGGCGCAGGCGUGGGACUAGUCCUAACUUCCCCCACAGGGGUAUCAGCUUCAAGGGCCGUACGUUGCAACUUCAAAGCAACGAACAACGAAGCUGAGUAUGAAGCUCUAAUAGCAGGGCUGACACUCGCCCAACAGAUGGGGGUGGAAAAUAUCCAGGUCUUCAGCGACUCACAACUGAUCAUAAGCCAAGUCCAAGGAGACUAUCAGGCGAAAUAUCCGAGUAUCAUUAGAUACCUAUCCGUGGCUAAGCGACUACUCGACAGGUUCCGACAUUGUAAGCUCACCCAGAUCCCUAGGGAGCACAACUCCCAGGCUGACGCUCUAGCUAACCUAGGAUCUGCCCUAGAAACUACAAAUCAUAUGAGCAUCCAACUACUGGACCCUAUCUACGAUGUCUUACCCCUAGAGAAGCCGACAGGAUAUUAA